GGGCUUGUCGGUGUCUCUCAGGGGACGUUCGUGUUAUUUCUGUAACGGGAGUCGGCAGAGGACGGGGCGUGCCCGGCGCGCGCGCGGCCUCCCGCCCCGGCGCCCCUCGCCGCCUGCGAGCUCCCGCCCCGGCCGCGCGUCAUGCCGCCCAAAGUCCCCCGCAGAGCCGCCGCCGCGCCCCCGGCGCCGCCGCCCCCCGCGGAGGACCCCGCGCAGGACAGCGGCCCCGAGGACCUGCCGCUGGCCAGGCUUGAGUUUGAAGAAACCGAAGAACCUGAUUUUACUGCAUUAUGUCAGAAAUUAAAGAUACCAGAUCAUGUCAGAGAAAGAGCUUGGUUAACUUGGGAGAAAGUUUCCUCUGCAGAUGGAGUAUUGGAAAGUGAUAUUCAGAAUAAAAAGGAACUAUGGGGCAUCUGUAUUUUUAUUGCAGCAGUUGACCUAGAUGACAUGCCAUUUACUUUUACUGAGCUGCAGAAAAACAUAGAAACCAGUGUCUAUAAAUUUUCUUACUUACUAAAAGAAAUUGAUACCAGUACCAAAGUUGAUAAUGCUAUGUCAAGACUCUUGAAGAAGUAUAAUGUAUUGUGUGCACUCUACAGAAAAUUAGAAAGGACAUGUGAACUUAUAUAUUUGAUGCAACCAAGCAGUUUAAUAUCUACUGAAAUAAAUUCUGUGUUGGUGCUAAAAGUUUCUUGGAUCAUAUUUUUACUAGCUAAAGGGGAAAUAUUACAAAUGGAAGAUGACCUGGUGAUCUCAUUUCAGUUAAUGCUAUGUGUCCUUGACUAUUUUAUCAAACUCUCACCUCCUGCAUUGCUCAAAGAACCAUAUAAAACAGCUGUAAUACCUAUUAAUGGUUCACCUCGAACACCAAGGCGAGGUCAGAACAGGAGUGCACGGAUAGCAAAACAACUAGAAAAUGAUACAAGAAUUAUUGAAGUUCUCUGUAAAGAACAUGAAUGUAAUAUAGAUGAGGUGAAAAAUGUUUAUUUCAAAAAUUUUAUACCUUUUAUGAAUUCUCUUGGAAUUGUAGCUUCAAAUGGACUUCCAGAGGUGGAAAGUCUCUCUAAACAAUAUGAAGAAAUUUACCUUAAAAACAAAGAUCUAGAUGCAAGAUUAUUUUUGGAUCAUGAUAAAACUCUGCAUGCUGAUCCUAUAGACAGUUUUGAAAUGCAGAGAACACCACGAAAAAGUAAUAAUGAUGAAGAGCAGAAUGUGAUCCUUCCCCAGACUCCAGUUAGGACUGUUAUGAACACUAUCCAACAAUUAAUGAUGAUCUUAAAUUCAGCAAGUGAUCAACCAUCAGAAAAUCUGAUUUCCUAUUUUAAUAAAUGCACAGUGAAUCCAAUGGGAAGUAUCCUGAAAAGAGUGCAGGAUAUUGGAUACAUAUUUAAAGAGAAGUUUGCUAAAGCUAUGGGACAGGGAUGUAUAGAAAUUGGGUCACAGCGAUACAAACUUGGAGUUCGGUUGUAUUACCGAGUAAUGGAAUCCAUGCUUAAAUCAGAAGAAGAACGAUUGUCCAUUCAAAAUUUUAGCAAACUUCUGAAUGACAACAUCUUUCAUAUGUCUUUGUUGGCAUGCGCUCUUGAAGUUGUAGUGGCUACAUAUAGCAGAAGUACAUCUCAGAAUCUUGAUACUGGCACAGAUUUGUCCUUCCCAUGGAUUCUGAAUGUACUUAAUUUAAAAGCUUUUGAUUUAUACAAAGUGAUUGAAAGUUUUAUCAGAGCAGAAGCCAACUUGACCAGAGAAAUGAUAAAACAUUUAGAGCAAUGUGAACAUCGAAUCAUGGAAUCCCUUGCAUGGCUCUCAGAUAUAAUUCUAAAAUUAUCCAGCAUACAAAGAGCAUCAAAGGAUUCACCUUUAUUUGAUCUUAUUAAACAAGCAAAGGACCGAGAAGGACCAGGUGACAACCUUGAAUCUGCUUGUACUCUCAACCUUCCUCUCCAGAAUAAUCACACUGCAGCAGAUAUGUAUCUUUCUCCUUUAAGAUCCCCAAAGAAAAAAGGGUCAACUACACGUGUAAAUUCUACUGCAAAUGCAGAGGCACAAGCAACCUCAGCCUUCCAGACUCAGAAGCCAUUGAAAUCUACCUCCCUCUCACUCUUUUACAAAAAAGUGUACCGACUAGCAUAUCUUCGCCUAAACACACUAUGUGCACGUCUUCUGUCUGACCACCCAGAACUAGAACACAUCAUCUGGACCCUUUUCCAGCACACACUGCAAAAUGAGUAUGAACUCAUGAGAGACAGGCACUUGGAUCAGAUCAUGAUGUGUUCUAUGUACGGCAUAUGCAAAGUGAAGAAUAUAGACCUUAAAUUCAAAAUCAUUGUCACAGCUUACAAGGAUCUUCCUCAUGCUGUUCAAGAGACUUUCAAACGGGUUUUGAUCAGAGAAGAAGAGUAUGAUUCUAUUAUAGUAUUCUAUAACUCGGUCUUUAUGCAAAGAUUGAAGACAAAUAUUUUGCAGUAUGCUUCCACCAGGCCCCCUACUUUAUCGCCAAUACCUCACAUUCCUCGAAGCCCUUACAAGUUUUCUAGUUCACCUUUACGGAUUCCUGGAGGGAACAUCUAUAUAUCACCCCUGAAGAAUCCAUAUAAAAUUUCAGAAGGUCUGCCAACUCCAACAAAAAUGACUCCAAGAUCAAGAAUCUUAGUAUCCAUUGGUGAAUCAUUUGGGACUUCUGAGAAGUUCCAGAAAAUAAAUCAGAUGGUGUGUAACAGUGACCGUGUGCUCAAAAGAAGUGCAGAAGGAGGCAACCCCCCUAAACCACUGAAAAAAUUACGCUUUGACAUUGAAGGAUCAGAUGAAGCCGAUGGAAGUAAACAUCUCCCAGGAGAGUCCAAAUUUCAACAGAAACUGGCAGAAAUGACAUCUACUCGAACACGAAUGCAAAAGCAGAAAAUGAGUGAUAACAUAGAUGUCUCAAACAGGGAAGCCAAGUGAGGAUUUCAUGACUUUGGUGGGUACUGUGUUCACCUCCGGCUCUUACAGAGCUGACUGUGUAACUCCCAGGUUCUGUUUACGGCCACGUUUAAUACAUAUCUUCUGCUCUUUUUAUGAAUAUAAAAUGUUCAGGUGCACAUUGAAUAUUUGUGCAGACACUUCUAAGCCAUUUGCAAUGCUGUAGUUAAUAGAAUAUGCAUUGUUAUUGUACAAGAUUGAAAAUCUUGUGUAAAAUCUGCCAUUUUAAAGCUGUAGCUGGUGUUUUGUUUCCAAAGGAUGCCUGGGAGUGGGAGUCCCAACAACCCAUGCCUGUCUGAGUACUUUGUCUUUUCUUGUGGCAUAUGUGUGAUGUUUGCUAUUAUUUUUAUUAAUUUAUAUUUAUUUUUUUUAAUUUAACAUGAACAUUCUUAAAAAUGUGUCUUGUCUUCCAAAUAUAAUUUGGCUGACUGCCCCCAAUAAUCCAAAUGAUCCUGAAUUCUUCUUCUAAAACAGAUAUUAGAAACUAUUAAAAAAAAAUUACUAAUUUUUAUACAUUAGAUUUUAGUUUACUAAUGGAAUCUGAUGUACGGUGUUUUGUUUUACAAGUUUUAGCUUUUAAAUACAAGCAAAAAGCAAACUAUAAACAUAGGAUAUUGUCAUACUACUGAUCCAGAUUUCAUACCUCAGGACAUCUAAGAAUUUGUUGAUUCUUUUUUUCAUCCAAUUCAUACUUUAAAAUUAGGGUUAUUAAUAGUGCUCUUGGUUAUACCGUUCAUAUCACUGAAUUCAGAAAGUAUCCAUCUAGUACUUGGAGAAUGAAGUGUUCAGCCAUAGCUUUGCUGCAGAGGACCCUAAUACAUAUAUCCAAAGUGCACUUUCUAAUGUUUCUGGGUCCUGAAGAAUCAAAAUUCAAAAUAAUUUUACUCCAUAAAACAGACUGUUAAAUCAGGAGUCUUAUUUUUUUUUUUUUCCCUCAGAGAUUAGUCUAAUUGCAUCUCAGCAGUUAUUCUGCCCUCCUAAAUUUGGGAAGGGGUGUGCGUUCUCUUGAAUGGUACAUGUCUUCCUGGUGUCUUUAGAGCUGGCCACUGUCUGUCUUUUUUUUGUUUUUAACAUCAGAUGGUCUAACACUGGCACAUUCACAGCCACAUUAUUUCUAGUUCAAAAUUUCAGUACAUAUUCAAAGGCCUUUGGGUUAGGCAUUAAUGUUUCAAUUUUUUUUUGCAAAAAUUUCAAAAUAGCUGUAUUGUAAAAGAGGUGCUUUCCCUUCUGGCACCUAAGGUGUGUUUGAACUAUCUUGUGUGAUUAAGUUAUUUAGAGAUGAUAUAAUUUAAAAUAGAUGGUAUUUAAGGUAGCAUCAACUAGCUUUUAGGAAAAUCACUUUCGUCUAAACUCUUUCUAAAAAGAAGUCUGCGCUGUUUGUUAGAAAACAAAAUUUUAUUUUAUGCUCAAUUAAGUUUCAAACUUUUAUUUUUACAGCUAUCUUGAUAACAAAGGCACUAGAAUACGUACUACAUUCCCUCAUUAAUUUUUGCAUGAAUAUCAUACAAAUCAGUUAGCAGGUAGGUCAAGGGCUUACCAUAGUUCCGAGCUUUUUGCUAACAAACUCCCAUUAGAAAUAGUGCCAGAGUUUUAGGAACUACAGAGAUAGUGUAUUGAGAUUUCUUAAAUAAAGCUUCAGAUAUUACUUUAUUGCUUUUUUGUACUGGAUAAAACUGUACAUUUAAUAUUGCUGUGUUACUAUUUUCUACAAUUAAUAAUUUGUCUAUUUUAAAAUAAAUUAGUUGUUAAGAGUCUUAA